UCAACAUCCGGCGACACGUCUCCCAAACACACUGCCGAGCCGUCUGAUGCAUCUUUAUUUAUUUAAACCUAUUCAGACUUUUCAUUUAAAGCCAAUGUUGCGUCUCUGACACUUUGUGAGUCAGCCAGGAGUUUAAAGUUAAGUUCACUGGCAGCGCUUUGCCCAGAGCUCCAGAUGGGGGAGGUGAGGAAGCUGCAGAAGAAGUUGAGGCAGAUUGGAAAUCUGGAAAUAAAAAUCAGUCUUUCCCCUGAGGAGAGAUUCAAGAUCUCCAAGAAGGCGGAGCUGCGUUCCAGAUUGGCUGAGCUUCAGCUGCAGCUUUCUGGCCCGCAGCAAACUCUUGGGAUUGUUGGAGACGGGAAAAAGGAGAAGAUGAAAAGACAAGUGGAGGAUGCCCCUGAGGCCCUUCCAUCACAAAUGCCUCCAGCCUCCAAGAUCCCUAAGGGAGAAGAGCGGUCCAAAGCCCGAGCAACGCCAGCGCCAACUGCCAGGCAGAGGGAAACAGGAAGGGGAGCAGAGAUAUGCGGGCAUCAGGACCGGACAGAGCCGGCCAAGGUGUCAGAUCGCUGCCGAGACGUGACAGCAGGCUGCUCUGACUUUGACACGAAGCAGCAACUGGAACAGGAAGAAGCCGAAUUUGCAUCACUCAAAUCGUCAUGGGAGAAGGCGAAGUUUCGCUUGAGGCUGUUGGAGGGUCACAAUGACAUCGUCACCUGUGUGGUUGCUGUUGACAACCUGGUGGUUUCUGGAAGCCGAGAUACCACAGUGAAGGUGUGGCACGUUCCCACGGCAACGGAGCACAAGAACCUGGGCGGUCACUCUGGUGGGGUCACCAGUCUGUCUGCCCCUCCCCCUGAGUACUGCAGGAAGCUGGCCUGGUCCCUGUCUUUGUCUGACAAGGAGAGGUUUAUUUUGAGUGGCUCGGCAGACUGCUGCGUGAAGAUCUGGGCCCUGAGCAUUGGGCAGUGUGUUAAGUCUAUCUACACGUUCAACGCUGUGACUGCACUCUGCUUUGUGCCAGAGGGAGACGGCUACAUUAUCACUGGAUCAGAUGGGGGGAAAGUUCAAGCCUGGAGCUGGCAGACUUUUGAAAACUGCCAGUCAAUCAACGCUCACCAAGAAGCAGUCACUUCCAUACAGACUCAGGGUCCACUGGUCUUCAGCGGCGCGGCCGAGGGAGGGGUGUCAGUGUGGGAGAACCGGUUCGGAUCGGGACCCCUAAGGCUGCUGCACCACUGGGGCGAAGAGGUGACGGGUUGUGGAGGGGGUCUGGCGGGGUCUGACACUCAGCCCACGGGGGACAGAGCGUUCCUGGCUUACGGUCGAGCCUGGCUCAAGAUCCUGAACUGGAGAAGUGGAACCAUGUCCAGACUGACCAAUCACAACAGCAUCACCGGGAUAACAGAUUGUGUCCACCAGACAGGAGGCCUCCUAAUUGGCUCCUGCUAUGAUCUAGCGAAUGGAGAGAGCUCGCUAAACUUGUUCUCUCUGCCUCAGUGUCGGUACCUGGCCUCUCUGACCUGGCCCGAUGCUCCCAGAAUCCUCUGCUUUGCCGCGUGGACCACGGGGAGCGGAGACCACCGGUGGGUCACGGGAGGUCGUGACCUCAUCGUAUGGGAGCAGCUCCCCAGUUCUGGGAAGCAGAGGGGUGAUGUCACAGUGAAGAGAGACAGUAGGUUGGAGUCGUGUUUGCUGGAGUCAGAGGGGGACUCAGAGGAUGACGAGGAGACCGAUGAUUACGAGGACGAUGAUGAUGACAACGAUGGAGCAAAAGACAGGCGGUCCAACGGUGCCGAAGACGGAGGGUCCGGCUCGUGGUUUCGCUGCGUUCUCCAGUGAGUGCUGGUUUCUCAUGCUGAGGACGCCACGGCCUGCAGCCAUGAAGAGGAAAUGAGAGCGUAGUGACAGCAAAGGAGGGUGCAGGGGAAUGAAGUGUGACAGACUGGAGGGGGGGGGCGGGCGUAUGGAUGCAGGCUGUGAGUGUUUGUAUGUGUGAGUGAUAGGCAGAUUGUUUUCUAUGUAAAUAUAAUUUCCAUGCACAAUAAAGCUAUCACCUUGUGACUCUC